AUUCACACCACUAAAAAUCCCAACAGUCUCCUCCUCCUCGCUUCGUCUCGCAACGUCGGAUUAGCAGCGACCACCCAAUCUCCUAAACCUUCUUCCGCAUCUCCCUCGUUGCUCACCAGACUCCACUCCGCCUCGUCAUCGGCGGCGUGCAAAGUAGUAGACAAAAAAGACGCUGUUGUCAGCGACGGAGACUUGGUAGCAAUGAUGAAGAGGUACUUGAAAGGAGAACAAUUCAUGCUCGCCCGCAUCAUGAAGGAAUGGUUUAUUCGUAUCAGAUUGCAGAGUUUGAUCGCCUCGAGGAAGUACGGUUACGGCGACGGCGGCGACAAAAUCAAAACCGACGCCGAGUGCCUCAAGGAGCUGUUGGGUGAGUGCGAUGAAGAUUGCCCUGAAUCGGAUCUCAAGAUGGCCGUGCACGAAAUCGACACAUGGGAGGAGAAAUACUACGGAGAGUGGUUCGAUGAGAUACAGCAAUUGAAGAACAAGUACUUUGAAACACAACAGGGCGACGACAAGCAGAAGAAACAGAACGAUGAUGUGCUCUUCUCGAUCAGGAAAAUGAUUCUGCGGAUGAGGUUGUCUGGGCAUUUCAGUGACGGGUUGGAACUGUGGUCGAGAGAUCCCAAGGAUACAGAGUUCACUGGAGACAUUGAUAACAAUUGGAGAAUCAUAAGCAGCAGAGACGCCUUCUUCAGAAGCUAUUCCGAGUUCUUCGAAGACGACUUGCUCUCGAAGAUGGACGACAAGGUCAGGGAGGUGGUGGACUUGGAUAAUACACAGUGGCAGCUUCCGCUGUCGAGAAUAUUUGGGGAGAGGCUAGAUCACACCAUCUUGGGGAUGGAGUAUCAUGAGAAAGCAGAGUUGAGAGAAAAUGCAGAGAGCAGAUACCUGUUGGGGUAUCUGGAAAGAUUGGAGAUUAUGAGAGCUAAGCCGGAGGAGGAGGAGGAGGAGGUUUCCAGUAAAUCGGAGGUAACCAAGUAGUGUUGAUGGAUAAUCCAUCAUUUGUUUGGUUAAGUUGUUGGAUCUUCUACAUUUUUGUGUCGGAAUCUUGUAGGGUUUUGUGUUUUUUGAGCAUUUUUGUGCUUUUGUUAUUGGAUUUUGUUUUUUGAAGAGUGAAGGACGAAUUGAGGAAAGGAAAUUAGGGUUUGGCUUGGUAGCUACUC